GUUCGCUUUUGGUAGAAAUAUACCGCCUGAAAUGGUCCAAAUCGGUCAUUGCAAAUGGUCGUCGGUUUACGAAGGGCACGAAAUAUCGGCGAGCAUCGUCACUUAGAAUUGCGACAGCUCUUAGAUACAAGAAUGGACGUGAACUUUAUGCACCAAUGAAAUAGUUUGAUCUAUACAUUGAUUAAAUAAAAAAAAGAAACUGAAACAAUGUAUUUGUACAACUUGACUCUUCAGCGUGCGACGGGUAUUACCCAUGCAGUGCACGGAAAUUUCUCUGGGAGUAAGAUGCAAGAGAUUUUAGUAUCCCGUGGAAAGUCCUUAGAGCUCUUGAGACCAGAUCCAAAUACAGGGAAGGUCCAUACCUUAUUAACUGUAGAAGUAUUUGGAAUUAUAAGGUCAUUGAUGGCCUUUAGAUUGACUGGUGGGACGAAAGAUUAUAUUGUUGUCGGAUCAGAUUCCGGCCGUAUUGUAAUUCUGGAAUAUAUUCCUGCAAAGAAUGUUUUCGAGAAGGUACAUCAGGAAACUUUUGGGAAAAGCGGGUGUAGAAGAAUCGUACCUGGACAAUACUUAGCUAUAGAUCCUAAAGGAAGAGCUGUAAUGAUAGGUGCAAUCGAGAAACAGAAACUUGUAUAUAUUUUGAACAGAGAUCCAGAGGCCAGACUUACUAUUUCUUCACCUUUAGAAGCUCAUAAAAGUAAUACAUUAGUUUAUCACACAGUGGGUGUGGAUGUGGGUUUCGAAAAUCCUAUGUUUGCCUGUUUAGAGAUUGACUAUGAGGAAGCGGAUAAUGAUCCCACAGGGGACGCGGCAGUAAAAACUCAGCAAACGUUGACAUUAUACGAACUCGAUCUUGGUCUAAAUCACGUCGUACGCAAGUACAGCGAGCCCCUGGAAGAACACGCAAAUUUUCUCGUGUCCGUUCCCGGAGGAAACGAUGGACCCAGCGGUGUACUUAUUUGCUCCGAGAAUUAUCUCACCUAUAAGAAUCUAGGAGAUCAACACGACAUUCGUUGUCCUAUUCCCAGACGACGAAACGACUUAGACGAUCCUGAGAGGGGCAUGAUAUUCGUAUGUUCCGCUACUCACAAGACCAAGAGCAUGUUCUUCUUCCUGGCUCAGACCGAGCAAGGUGAUAUCUUCAAGAUCACCCUUGAAACAGACGAAGACAUGGUGACUGAAAUUAAAUUGAAGUAUUUCGACACUGUUCCCGUCGCAGCAAGCAUGUGCGUGUUGAAAACAGGAUUCUUGUUCGUUGCAUCAGAAUUUGGUAACCAUUACCUCUAUCAAAUUGCGCAUUUGGGAGACGACGACGACGAGCCAGAAUUCAGUUCCGCUAUGCCUCUCGAAGAAGGCGACACGUUCUUCUUUGCGCCAAGGCCGCUUAGGAAUUUGGUACUGGUAGACGAAAUGGACAGCUUGUCGCCGAUAAUGGCGUGUCAGGUAGCUGAUCUGGCAAACGAAGAUACACCUCAGUUGUACAUAACGUGUGGUAGAGGACCACGCUCUACUCUGCGAGUGUUACGUCACGGUUUGGAAGUUUCAGAAAUGGCUGUCAGUGAACUGCCUGGUAAUCCAAACGCUGUGUGGACUGUUAAAAGAAGAAUCGAUGAAGAGUAUGAUGCUUACAUCAUAGUGUCCUUCGUCAAUGCUACUCUUGUACUUAGUAUCGGAGAAACUGUAGAAGAAGUGACAGAUUCUGGAUUUCUUGGCACGACGCCGACGCUUAGCUGUUCCGCGUUGGGCGAGGAUGCGUUGGUUCAGGUGUAUCCUGAUGGAAUACGUCACAUUCGCGCAGAUAAACGCGUGAACGAAUGGAAAGCACCUGGUAAAAAGACUAUAGUCAAAUGCGCGGUGAAUCAGCGUCAAGUUGUGAUUGCUCUUACAGGAGGAGAAUUGGUAUACUUCGAAAUGGACCCUACGGGGCAAUUGAACGAAUACACGGAACGGAAGAAAAUGCCAUCGGAGGUGAUGUGUAUGGCUCUUGGUAACGUGGCUAUUGGAGAACAGAGAUCGUGGUUUUUAGCUGUUGGUCUCCAAGACAACACCGUGAGGAUAAUUUCAUUGGAUCCGUCCGAUUGUUUAGCGCCUAGGAGCAUGCAAGCUUUACCUGCGGCGGCGGAGAGUUUAUGCAUCGUUGAAAUGGGUGCUAAAGACGCGAAUAGUUCGGAAGAAAUGUCACCUCAACAGUCCAGUCUGUAUUUAAAUAUAGGUUUACAAAAUGGCGUGUUAUUGAGAACAGUGUUGGACCCAAUUUCUGGUGACCUCGCGGACACUCGUACGCGGUAUUUGGGCUCCCGUCCAGUUAAACUGUUCAGGAUAAAAAUGCAAGGGAAUCAAGCGGUGCUCGCGAUGAGCAGCAGAUCGUGGUUGAGCUAUUACUAUCAAAAUCGUUUCCAUUUGACGCCGUUGUCUUACGAGAGUUUAGAGUUCGCGUCAGGCUUCAGCUCCGAACAGUGUCCCGAAGGAAUCGUCGCCAUUUCGACGAACACGCUCCGGAUUCUCGCCCUCGAGAAGUUGGGCGCUGUGUUCAAUCAAAUUAGCUUUCCCUUGGAAUACACGCCCAGAAAGUUCGCGAUUCACUCGGAUUCGGCGCACUUGAUAGUCAUCGAGACGGAACAUAACGCGUACACGGAAGAAACUAAGCAGCAGAGAAGGCUGCAGAUGGCGGAGGAAAUGCAGGAGGCUGCAGGAGCGGAGGAGGCCGUGGUAGCGAGAGAAUUGGCGGAAGCUUUCUUAUCGGAGGAGCCUAACGAGGCGGUGUUCGGCGCGCCAAGGGCUGGACCAGGCUUGUGGGCGUCGUUAAUUAGAAUAAUAGCGCCCACGACGGGUCAAACGUUCGAAGUUCAUCGGCUCGAACAAAAUUUAGCUGCUUUAUGUUUGAGUCUCGUGAAAUUUGCUAACCAGGGCGACCAGUUGUUUCUCAUAGCUGGCGUCGCGAAGGAAUUUCAACUGAAUCCUAGAGUUAGCAGUGGCGGUUUCUUAUAUACAUACAAAGUAAACGCUGAAUGCACCAACCUCGAAUUGAUUCAUAAAACCACUUUGGACGAAGUUCCGUUGGCCAUAUGCCCUUACCAAGGAAGAGUAUUGGUAGGCGUCGGCAGGAUGUUACGCUUGUACGAUAUGGGCAAGAAAAAACUGCUGCGCAAGUGCGAAAAUAAGCAUAUUCCCAACGCUGUUGUUUCGAUUAACGCGAUCGGACAACGAAUUUACGUGAGCGACGUCCAGGAAUCCGUAUAUGCCGUAAGAUACAAACGACAAGAGAAUCAACUCAUAGUAUUCGCCGACGAUACGCAUCCGAGGUGGAUCACGACAACGUGUGUAUUAGAUUACGAUACCGUCGCCACUGCAGAUAAAUUUGGAAAUAUCGCUGUCAUACGUUUGGCAAGCGGAAUUAAUGAUGACGUAGAUGAGGAUCCAACUGGGAACAAAGCGUUGUGGGACAGGGGUUUACUGAACGGUGCUAGUCAGAAGGCGGACACUGUCGCCUGUUUCCAUGUCGGUGAAACGGUCAUGUCCUUGCAGAAAGCAACACUAAUUCCCGGGGGUUCCGAGAGUUUAGUUUAUACAACGUUGAGCGGAACGGUGGGGGUUCUCGUUCCCUUCACGAGUCACGAGGACCACGAUUUCUUCCAACACUUGGAGAUGCACAUGCGCUCGGAACACCCGCCGCUUUGCGGACGGGACCAUUUGUCCUUCAGAUCGUAUUAUUAUCCUGUAAAAAAUGUCAUAGACGGCGAUCUUUGCGAGCAAUUCAAUUCGAUAGAACCCACGAAACAGAAAAGUAUAUCUGGCGAUCUCGAACGAACCCCAUCCGAGGUAUCGAAGAAACUGGAGGAUAUUCGUACGCGUUACGCUUUUUAAAUCUCCUCGAACAUAUUUAUUAUCGACUCAUUGCAAGUUAAUAUGUUUACAUUCCGUUUUUAUCUUUUCAACGUUUCUUGUCUUUUUCUAAGCACCAAGCAUGCGUUAAUGGAGUUAUUUGUGAAAGAAAUUAAGCACGUAUUACUUUUAAGAUACUAGCUCAACAUCUCUGACACGUAUUAAUUAUCCAAGCAUUUAGUUACUAGGUAACACGUUCACUGUCCGAUAUGGGUCAAGACCGGUUUGACUCGAGUCCUCUGAAUACGCAACAAUAGUUGUUGUAUGAUUAUUUCGAAAGCUUUUAUAAAACUCAUAGAUGUGACUACGUCGAAGAUGGCA